CUCCUGUGUCCUUCUGUCCGGCGACGGGCCUCAUUCUCUCAGCUGAAAAGAAACUAUCAACCUGAAAGCAGGACCGAUUUUGACCAGUCCUGGACUCACCACAGACACGACAACAGUUCAUCCUGGUCCUCCUAUCGUUUGAUUCGUCCAGUCGGAGAGGUGUAAGCCACUUCAACCAAAAAACAGACCAGAAAAGGUCCCAACGGCGGACAUUAAGUUAUCCGCCACUGGCAUUUACCGACCCCGAAACGCCACUCUCAUCCAGGUUCUUAUUGCUUUGGCGAACCUACAAAGACUAUCUUGAAAAAAAAAUCCACGCGACCAUUGUUCAAGAGUAUUCAGUCCUGUUCCGGCUUCACAUUCCCUAGCAUGGAUAUAUUCGACCUCUGAAUUUAUCUUUGACUGCAGUGACUAGCAGCUGCUUGGUUGAGAAGGCCAUGCAGAAUUUAAACCCGGCACACACCCAGCCGGCUGGGGAGUCUGCAGAGCAUAACUCAUCUAUCUUACGGGAUAAUGCGAUGACUGGUGCUCAUGGUUAUUCGGUGACCUCCCGGCGACGUAACCCUAUGGCAUGCGAGAUGUGCUACCGGAGGAAAAUCAAAUGCGAAUUUGAAGGUUCUAAUCCUGUCUGUGCCCAAUGCAGGCGUCGUAACACGAAAUGCGUUUUUGAUAGGAAGAACACCAAGAGAGACUCUCUCAAAAGGAAACAGUAUAUACGCUCCUUGGAAGAGCGCGUGGAGAGGAUCCAGGCUUUGUUGAAAGCUGCUGGGAUUUUGAACGAGGAGGCAGUCAAUCAAGACGAGCUUCUCUACGAAGAUGAAGAUGAACAGUCAGAAGAGGACCAUGACUUUAUCGAAGGGGUGCAGCAGCGAAACGCGAAUUCUACUCAGCCCAACGGGUCCAGGAGGAAUGCCAAUCACGGUAAUAAAUCUGGAAUUUCCACACCGACGGAUUCGGUUACAGCGCAGUCAAAUCACAAGCCGAACUGUUCAUCUUCUUCAAACCCCCAGUUAGCGCAUGGAAGAUGCUCGACGUGUGAUUUACAGUAUGUUCCGCUGAUCAGAGCGGACAGUAGGGAGGACUUGCGGUACUAUGGGAGAUCCUCGUCACUCUCGAUACUCUCGCGGGAAGGAGUUGAGUGGAUCAAGAAGAGGACAGGCGACACUAGUUUCCUAAACGUGAUAUAUUCGGAUUCUCUGCGUGAUGAUUCCAUGGAUUGCUGGAGACCAGAUGUGUUUCAUGAUCUGUUCGCUUCACAAGUGUACAAACCAUUGCCACCUAGAGCAGAGGUGUUUGCCCUGUUGCAGGAUUAUUUUUGUACCGUUAAUCGUUUGUUCCCGCUAUACCACAAGCCCACGUUUAUGCGCUUGAUUGAAUGGCAGUAUACACAACAGACAUGCGAUGACGCCGCCCGUUGGGCCAGCCUCAAUAUCAUCAUCGCCUUAGCAUACGAAUUUCGAUUUUCCAACUCUCAGAAACCGGAGAAAGAUAGAGAAAAGGCGCUACUUUAUUUCAAAAAUGCCAUGUCUGUCUUUACAGAGUUAACCUUCCGACGCACCGAUCUCCUGAGUGUACAAGCCCUCCUAGGCAUGGCAAUGUUUCUUAGAGGCAACACGGACUCGCAAACAGCAUCUCCUGUUCUAACAGCUGCGCUAGCAUCCUGCCACCGGAUGGGUCUCCAUCGGAACAUCCUGCGGCCGGGUCUCUCUCCAGCCGAGCAAGAACAGAGAAAAAGAGUAUUCUGGAUAGCUUACAUUCUUGACCAGAGCAACAGCAUACGGUUGGGAAGCGCACCUGCUCAGAAUCUUGACGACUUUGAUGUGGACUACCCGCAGGCUGAAAGCGAUGAGGAGUCGCUUUCAGAAGACAGCUCAGUCUAUUUGGGGUUUUUUCGCCAAUUCUGUUUAUUGUCUGUUAUCAGAGGUCGAAUCUACGUGCGACUCUAUGGUGCGAAUUCUUUCGAGCAGAGACCAGCAGACAUUUGCGAAGCGGUCCACGAGUUAAGUGCGAAUCUGGAGGAAUGGUGGAAUGAAUGCCCGUUCCAGAAUCAGUUCAAACUAAAACCGGGGGCUCCUGAUUUUCUCUUCGGCCUUGCUUCGAUUGGUUUGCGGCUGGUCUAUUACAACUCCUUAAUAAUGAUCCAUCGAAUGCUCCCCCUUCUUAACGUUAUGGUUGGACGUAACUCGAUGUGGCGAUCAAAGUUACACAUUGAUAUGGCGUCCCUCGAUAACCAGGCCUCAUCGUCGAGCGCCAUCUGUCUCCAGGCCGCCCGAGACUCCCUAAAACUCGUGAAUCACAUGCCAUGGGGAGAUGUAUCAUGGUUAUGGCCGACGUUAUAUUACGUCUUUCAUGCUGUAAUGAUAAUAUUCGUGAAUGUGCUUGCGAAUCAGAGACCGUUAGAAGCCCGAGAAGAUCUCCACUCGCUGAAUAUGGCUGCGACGUUCUUUACCACACUGACACCGGUGGAUGGAGCGUUCAGAUACUCCAUUUUCAUGAGCAAAAUGGCCGUGUACUUCGAGCGAAUGGCCAGGAUGGUUGUUGAGAGGAACGAAAAGGAAAACAGAAGUCUCAAGGGAAGCAAUAACAAUGUCAACCCUAAUGCCAGUCCAACUAUGCGCGAGAGACGCCCUCGUAACACCCCGCCAUCUGAACGAACAGCUCAAAGUCGGAGGCUUGAUCGUCGCCCGGGACCUACCUUUGAGGCUCACAGUCCAAACGACCUUUCUGUAAACUCUGCCGGCUACGCUAUCCCCGGUAGUCCCGCUACGCUGAACGUCGCCAUGCAUGCGAACGACUAUUUCCAAGUCGCCCAGGGCAUGCCAGUAACUUCGGCAAACGAAAUCCCAAAUUUCAACGCCGCAUUGGACCACAGUUCAUUCACUUUUGCGGACAACUCCGGCUCACCAUCCACUGCUGCCUCGGUCAUCCCGGAAUUCUGGCACGUUCCACUCACAGCUGACUGGGAGUUUGGAUUUCCAGACCAGUCCUUCGGGGAUAUGUAUAUACAGACACAUGCACACCCACAACCGCAACCACAGCCUCCCCCUCCUCAAGCACACCAAUAUCCAUUAUCAACAAUGGCAACCACCGAGCCAUCCCUGCAUGUACCAGAACAAUCAGCGUACUCCCCGGAUAGCUGGCUUUACACUCACAGCAACAGCAAUAUCAACAAUAACGUCUACGGCAACGCAGGACUGGCAUCUGUGUCGGUACCGCCUCAGGACCCCUUUGAGGGCGGCAACGUGGUCUGGACAGACGGGUUUAUGGAUUCAUAUUAAGUUCUAGGCAUCUUCGAAGCAAAAUAUAAUUAUCUUAUCUUAUCGGGUAUACAGUAUAACAACCUAAAUUUCAUUAUUGAAUGAGACAUGAGUGAUGUUUUCUCAAAAGACUUUGCUAUACAUAUGAAUUGUUCGCCAUAUUCGUAUGGAGUUCCCUACUACGGCAAACCGUACUAUCGAUGGAACGAUCAUACGGUCACUGGCCAUGGCUACUAGGCCGGAUAAAGCUCAACAUUAGGGCAGUAAGGACUGCCUAAUUAAGCAACUACGGAGGGUAUAUAAGGUGGAUAGUUCUGCUUAAUCAAGUUGUUGACUUCGCUCGUAUAAAAAAUACAUGCGCGUGAUGAUAUGGUAGUACUACAACAUGUAUAUAUGUUUAAACAUUUUAUUGCCUAAAACUUGAACCAAUUCUACGGAUCUCAUCUUGUCCUGUCCUAUCCUUACCUAGUACUAAAUACACUCAGCAAACAGAAUAAUUAAUGACUCAUUGAGUUUAUCCUGUCUUCGAAGAUACUUGGCAUAGGUAGUGUAUGCAUGUUGUUUGAACUUUGUUCAUAGCUAGAUAGACCGCUUUGCAAUUCUGGCGUAAUUUCCUUUUCUAGUAAUGUUAUUAAUUGAUUGGUGGGCCUCGGAAGACGGUACCAUAUUCCUCACAGUGUAGACGUAGAUAAAAGCAUCCAUCCACUCCACACCAUUA